AUGCUUUCAGUUACCAACGUAGCUCGGCCUUUUUCGGGGUUUCGUCUUUUAUUAAAGCUUCAAAGGCAUCAUCUUUCUCCGGAGAUUCCACUUUCCGCCAGGGAGUUCACCUUUCGCCGGGGGUUUCACCUUCCGUCGGGUGUCUCACCUUUCGCUAGGGGUUUCGCUCUUCGCCGGGAUUUCGCAGUUUCACAAGGGCACUUUCGUCUUUCAUCGGGUUUAGGUCUUCAUUUACAUAGAAUGAUUUCGUCUAACAGCAACUAUAAAGAAACUAACAAAAAUAUGCGUAUUAAUAAAGAUACAAAAGUUAUUUGCCAAGGUUUUACCGGGAAGCAAGGUACUUUUCAUUCGCAGCAAGCCAUUGAAUACGGAACUAAAUUAGUUGGCGGUGUUUCCCCCAAGAAAGGAGGUACAACUCACUUAGGGUUACCUGUGUUUAACACCGUAGCAGAAGCAGCUCGCGAAUUAAAACCAGAUGCAUCUGCAAUUUAUGUUCCUCCUUCUUUUGCUGCUGCCGCUAUUAUAGAAGCCAUCCAUGCCGAAAUUCCUUUAGUAGUCACGAUUACGGAAGGUAUUCCGCAGCAAGAUAUGGUUAAGGUUGUGAAAGUUUUGAAAUCCCAAAACAAGACUCGUCUUAUAGGUCCGAAUUGUCCCGGUAUAAUUGCGCCAGGUGCUUGUAAAAUUGGAAUUAUGCCUGGUCAUAUACACAAAGUAGGAAAAGUUGGCAUAGUGUCUCGAUCCGGAACUUUGACUUACGAAGCAGUUAACCAAACUACUCAAGUAAACCUUGGACAAACAUUAUGCGUUGGUAUUGGUGGUGAUCCGUUUAACGGGACUAACUUUAUAGAUUGUUUGAAAGUGUUUUUGGACGACGAAGACACGAAAGGCAUUAUAUUGAUCGGGGAAAUUGGCGGUUCAGCUGAAGAGGAGGCUGCAGAAUUUCUUAAGGAACACAAUUUAACUCGGAGCCAACCAAAACCAGUGGUAUCUUUUAUUGCUGGUUUAACUGCACCGCCUGGUCGUCGUAUGGGUCACGCUGGAGCCAUCAUAGCUGGUGGUAAGGGUACCGCAGGUGAUAAAAUUAAGGCUUUAGAGGAUGCUGGUGUAGUUGUAUCUAGGAGCCCAGCCAGACUAGGUAUCACUUUAAGAGAAGAAAUGGAAAAGGCAGGCUUAGCUUAA